AAGGGAGGGAAAUCGAUGUUGUCAUGACAACGCACGCUACUCUGUUCAUAGUAGUGCAUUACUGAAUAUAACUGUACACCGCAAUGGAAAGUUAUUUUAUCAUCCAGAUUACCAGUGAGAGCAUUAAAAAACAACAUAAAGCAGAACAUAAUCGUGCACUAGAAUGGAUUACUGGUUUCCACUUUCUUAAGGUUUUUCAUUAUUCUCGAGAUCAGAAGUUUUACAACCCUUGGAAAAGAUCUUAGACUUUUGAGUAUUUGUCAUUUACACUUAGAUCUAUUGUCUGCAGUUUUAUCUGACACUGUUGUUUGGAGUUCUUAUCGGAGUGUGUACAAGUUGGUUGUGACCCCAAGGUUCAUGUGCUUCAAACUACACGAUAGUACGGUGAAAUUGUGACGUUACUGAAAUAUGAACAUGAAACUCAUCUUCUUUCUAUGGUUGGAGAAAUAUUCAUUUCUAUCUGUCUAAAUGCUACUGCCACCAGUCUCCUUGAUCAUUGCACGACAACGGAAAUGGAAUAACUGGAAAAGUGUACGAAUCCACUAUCGUAAUGUUCCUUUCAGCUUUAAAUCGGAUUAGAUUAUCUUAAAACGUAGCGUCUCCUGAGGAAUAUUGAGCAUGUUGAGAGUGGAAAGAAACUUUAACGACCAUGAAAUAAUAUCCGUCGAGUUUAUUAUUCCGAGUGAUAUACUUUUUGGAAAGAAAGCUAAUUAUUAGUGUCUUUCAAGACAUACUUUUAGAUCCUUUACCCGAAGGGCAACACUCAAACUCUUUCACAUAUCGUAGACAGAAAGGAUUUUUGAAGAUUUUCAGAGGGGUCACUAGGGUAAGUUUUACCCCCUCAAGUAAUUUGGCUAUUGAAUGAGAUGAGAACCGAGGCGUAAACAAGGGAUUAGUUUCAGCAUUUUCUAUUAAGACACACUCUUCAGUCGGAUAUAUUUCUCUGGAAGGCGCUUUGAGGACAAUAAGUGAUCUAGAGCUUAUUACCCAUCCUUUUGUGCUUGGUAUUGGCUGAGUGAUAAACGAGAAAGAAAAGACACAAUGACUGUAGACAAACCAGUAUCUCGCUUGAGUCGUAGUGAGGGAGGGAAUCGACCAAGAGCUCCUACCAAACACUCGAAGAACUUGGGUGAUAUAAGGGUGACGAGCCAAAAACAAGCUCUCCAACAUACCGUGAGAGCCAAGAAACUCGAUGAGAGACAACUUUUCAAGUUUUUGAAGUCUCUGGAUGAUAGCAAAAGCAGAAGACUCUUGCAAAUCGAUAAAGAAGUUGCAGAGAUAGAAAAGCUCUUGAAACGUUUGAACUCUGAGCAGGAGGACGCAAUUCGACAACGAGAAGGGACUAGUGAGAAUAUAGAGCAAUAUGAGGACGAUAAAGAUUUAUUGGUGACAAAAAGUGCCGGCGCAGUUAGACGAAAUAAAGGCUCGCAAAGUAGAUAUUCGACGAAAAAGAUGUCAAAAGAAUUCGAUGAGUAUGCCUUCAGAGCUCGUACGAAGAGAGGAAGUGUUGAAAGACUUGAUAAGGACAAGGCUAACAAGGCUCUCAAUUCUUAUUAUAGAUUUGAUUCUGAAGGUAACCGGAGAAUAUUUUCACCAUUGAUAUCCAGUCCUUCCAAGACACCAAAACCACAAGGGCGUGUUGCUUGGGAUACUGGGUUGUUCUUGGAUGAUGUUUCCUUGUCCAACUACACAGUAGCAACAGGUACAGAUAGUCGAGUUGAUAGCGCUACAAAUAAAAGUUUGAUUUCUUCCGUUGGUGACGAUAUUGGUGAGGAUUCAAGGGCAGAUACGAUUACACCUGGACGAGCUAUUUUCAUUACAUCGGGUAAAGGUUCAUCACAGGGAGCACGAAAAUCAACUAAUAAAUCAAACGCAACACAUCAAGGAUCCAAAUCCACGGAUACAAAAGGUCAGAAAGGAGUUGAUCAUCUAUCGUCAUUUAACUCUAAAUCACAGAAAUCAGGGUUGAAAACGAAUAAAGUUGAUAGACAUGAGAAAUUGAUGAAGUUUAAGAGACAAAUUAGUGAUAAAUCUGAGGUGAGCGAAGAUUCCAAUAUGAAAUCGGACACUCCACUCAUUAAACUAUCAAGCAAUUGCGAAGAAGAAGAAGAUAUUCCACUAACUUUCAAACGAUCAAAACUCAAACUAAAGCGACGACCACAGCCUCAGGGUCUUGAAGCCAAACCCGAGGAAGAGUCAUUUGAUGUUUCGAUGACUGCCGAAUUUUCUGAAGACGAACUCCAACGUGCAACUACUGUCGAAGCUUGCACGGGGAAAUCUUGCCAGGUGACAGACUGCAUAUUUCAUCGACCACUUCAUCUCCGCAGACAAUCGUCCACGAUAGCUGACGAUGCAGCUACGAUUGACGAAUAUUACCGCAUAGCGAGUGAAACGCGAUCUCGAGCAACCCAUCAACCUUCAAUAUCGCCUGUCUUUCGGACAGCCGAUGAUGGGUCUUGGAAUCAAACACGAAGAUUACCAGUCUCACCACCAAGUCCAACACCAUCUGAAAUACUUGCCGAUGUCGUUACGGAAAGAGAAGUCAUCGAGGAGAAGCCAGAUUAUACUGAUCUAGAAGUAAUGCUUUCUGUCCGUCGACCAACUAAGGGUUCUAAUCGUGAUCGUAUGCUGAAAGACAAAGAAGAUAAUAUUAAAAAUACAUUCAAAGUUAUGAGGCAGAAAAUGGCCGCUAGCGUACCACCCGACUUUAACACCAACUAUGGAACCCCAACUCCUAACUGGAAAAUACUCAACCCUCUCAAAAUGAGACACAAAAUUGUUCACAAGUCGCCACUUUUCACCCUAUGGAAGCUGAAUUAAAAAAAAGGUAUACUUCUAAAAAAUAUUGUGAUUUUUAUAUUUUUAGCAUGAAGUAAUAUAGAUAUAAAAUUUGUUCCGCUUUGCAUUGAACACAAAGUUCCUUCAAUUUAGCCAGUCCAGAGAUAGUCAAAAGUGUUGUUACAAAUUAAUAAAAUGUACAUAACUUUAAGGAUUUCAUAGAUGUAUAUUGAGAUUGUCCGUAAUCUGAUUUAACCUCUGUGUCAUAUUGGGGCUGACAUUCACCCACGAGAUGCAUCGUACAACUUGCUUGGUGACCAAUAUCAAUUCUUAUAACAAUUUUCAAAUCAAUUGAAUCCCGGAAAGUCAAAUUUGCAAUUAUUAAUGAUUUCUUAAAAGUAUUUCACAGCCUAGUACACCAUGUUUUAUGAUCAAGACAGUAUUAAAACGCAAAGUUUUACCGUAGUCAUGCAGUUGAUGCAGCUUGUGAAAUGGUCUAACCUGAUGUUUGAUUACCAGGAGUAAUUGAAAAAAAAAAAUGGUUUGGCUACAGUGGCAACACUGAAUUUGAUUUUCCAAUAAUGAUUAUGAGAACUACAAAGUUUCAAAGAAUCCUCUGUCGUAAUAUCAAUAUUAUAUGUACGGAUAUAUAUUAUGUGCAAUAUAUUAGUGAAUUCUCAAACAUGGUGUGAUUGGGAAACUAAGUUUUUGGACUUAAUAGAAUAAAAAUAAGAUAAAUCAUGUCCACACUUAGCACCGAUCGAGUAACUUUCAUCGCACAGC